UUAUUUCAAAUUUCUUUUUUGGAAUUCUUUUAUAGUUUUUUUUCAAAAAAAAAAUUCUAAAUUGUUAUUAAUUAAUCAUGGCUACAUCGUUGAAUGAUCCAAGUCAAGAAGAAACGGCACAAAUUUUAGCUAAACUUCGUUCCAACAAUGCCAACAAGACUUGUUUUGAUUGUGGUAGUAAAAAUCCAUCAUGGGCCAGUGUAACUUAUGGUAUUUUUAUUUGUAUUGAUUGUUCAGCCAUUCAUCGGUCAUUAGGUGUUCAUUUAUCAUUUGUUCGGUCUACGAUGCUCGAUGCAAGUUGGUCUUUAUCACAAUUAAGAUCGAUGCAAUUGGGUGGCAAUGCUAACGCUCAUUCAUUUUUUCAGAAUCACAAUUGUAAUAAUAAAGAUGCACAUCAAAAAUACAGUAGCCGUGCUGCUCAAUUAUAUCGAGAUAAAUUGGCCGGAUUAGUUGCCAAUUCCAUUAAAGUUUAUGGAGAUACUAUAGAUAUUCCUACUUCUAAAUCCGAAUCAACUAGACAUGAUUCCAUUGAUGAUGAUUCAACGAAAGAUUUUUUCGAAGAGGCAUCAAAUGCUUCAUUAUCACAUUCAAAUCUUCAUAGUGGUGAUGUAUUUUUAUCGGACAGAAAAUCACCGAAUAUCAAAUCAUCAACUGAAGGCCCCAAUGUUAAUCUAAGUUUAGUCGAUUCGGCUGCCAAAUUGAGUGAAUACAAAUCAACAGUGAUAGGGAAAAAAUCUACAACAAAUCGAAAACCGGCAGGCAAAAAAGGUUUAGGUGCUCAAAAGGUACGAACUGAUUGGGAUAAAGUUGAACAAGAAGCAUUACAGACUGAACAGAUGAAAACCAAAUCCGUUAACAAUGAUUCUGGAACGAAAUUAACUGCCGAAGAACAAGAGGAAAAAUUCAAUUCCAUACGAUUGGCCUAUAAUGAAAAACAAAAACAAGCUGAGAAUAAAUUGAAAUCCGAUCCGAAUAAAAUCUCACAAAUUGAACGACUUGGUAUGGGUUUCGUUAAUACUGGUCGAACAAAUAAAUCACAUUCGGCCGUAUCCGAUAUGAAAGUUAUUGAACAAAAUAAUUCCGUUGUUACAUCAUCAAAAUCAAAGAUUGAUUCAAUCACCGAUCUUGGAUUCUCAUCAACUUCGUCCAAUAAUCGAUACCAAGAUUUUGUCAAAUCAAAUGAUGAUUUCUGGAGUGAUAAUGGAUUAUUGGCCGAUAGUGGUAAAAAAGUGAAAAAACCUCAAGUAUUUGACACUAUACAGACAAUUGAUUUGAAUGUAAAAAAUAAGAAUAAACCAAAACCAAACGAAGAAUCAAAUAAUACAUAUUCGAAUAAGAAUGGUGUAAAAGUUGCAACAUCAUCAUCAUAUUCAUCAUCUUCUAAUGAUGCACAGAAAAAGUUUGCUAAUGCAAAAGCCAUUUCAUCAGAACAAUAUUUUGGUGGUGAUCAAUCUAAUCUUGAUUCAAGAUCGACUGGUCGAUUCGAAGGUUCAACAAGUAUAAGUUCAGAUGAUUAUUUUGGCCGUAAAACUGUACCAAAUAAUUCUAUAUCAUCAAAUUUCAAUUCAACAGCUAUGUAUGAUCUAAAAGAAGGUGUCAAGGACAAUGUUUCACGGUUAGCUGGUCGUUUAUCAAAUCUGGCCACGGAUGUUGUCAAAUCGAUCAACAAAAUGGAUAUCAUGCAAGGUUAAACAUAAUAAUAAUAAUAAAAGAAACAAAAUCGCCGAAUCAUUCGAAUUUGUGAUGAAUGUUAUUUUGUAUACACACAC